CCCAGCAGCUAUUUCUCGGCUGCCGGGCUCGGAGGUGGCAGAAGGCGACGGGGAGAGGUGUGUCGCGUGUGUCGCUCUCCCCCGGGGGUGUGAGGAGGGGUCCCCGCACCCCACGCCCGCCCCGGCCAUGGGGGGCUGGUCCCGCAGCGCCUGGAUUUUGCCCCUUUUCUUGGCUGGGCUCGUCCAGCCGGGGCAGAGCCAGGAGAGGGAGAAGGUGAAAUGCUACGGCUCGGUGGAGGGCACCAUCUACGACUACGGGGCCCUAACCAUCGAUGGGGACGAGUACGUCCCCUUUAGGAAGUACGCGGGGAAGAUGGUGCUCUUCGUCAACGUGGCCACGUACUGAGGCCUCACCCUGCAGUACCUUGAACUGAAUGCACUACAAAAUGAACUGGGGCCCUACGGGCUGGUCGUCCUGGGCUUCCCCUCCAACCAAUUUGGGAAGCAGGAACCCGGACAGAACUCAGAGAUCCUCCCUGCGCUGAAGUAUGUCCGGCCGGGGGGUGGCUUUGUCCCCAACUUCCAGCUCUUCCAGAAAGGGGAUGUGAAUGGGGCCAAGGAGCAGAAGGUCUACACCUUCCUGAAGAACGCCUGUCCCCCGGUGGCGGAGGAGUUCGGGAACCCCAAAAACCUCUUCUGGGAGCCCCUGCGGAACCACGACAUCAAGUGGAACUUCGAGAAGUUCCUGGUGGGCCCUGAUGGCGUGCCCGUCAUGCGCUGGUACCACCGCGCCAACAUCGCCGUCGUGAAGAAUGACAUCAUCGCCUACAUGAGGCAGCAGCAGGGCCAGUAGAGGUGGGGGAUGCCAGCUUAGGGGGUGGUCCCCCCCCCCACCCGCUGGCACCCCCCUAGCUGUUGCAGGGCUGCUCCCCAUCUGUCCCCUCCUGGGAUGCUCCCCAGCAGCAGGAGCCAAACCCCGAGCCAGCACGCUGUCCCCCCCAUCGCUCCCGUCUCUGCCACCCCCUGGUCAGGAUGAUGCUGGGCUGGGCAACCCAGUGGCAGCGACCUCAGUGAUGGGAAGGGGACGUUUCCCAAUAACCCCGUGUCCCACCUCCAUCCCUAGUAGUGACAUCUCCUCCUGGCCACCAGCUUGUGUCCCCUUGUGCUCCCAGCUCUGCCAUCCCGGGCAGUGGGGGGAUGCAGGGGCUGGCUGCCCCCGGAGCAGAAGACCACGUCUCCAUGAAGGCUUGGCCCGAAAGCCCCUGGUGCGGGGCGGGCCUGGCCCGAUCCUGCCGGACACAGAGCGGCUCUUCAGUGCAUUCAAGCUGCCUGCGGUCCCGGUGCAGAGACGUGCUCCUCUCCCGGCUGGGGAUGGCCGGCCCCUCACCCCCGCCAUAGAACCCACCAAAUAAAGGCUCUGCAAACA